AUGACUUCCCUUCAGUCAAACUCCUCUGCAAAUGUCACCUUUGUUCGUCCUGCAACAUUUUUCAUCAAUGGCUUUUUUAAUGUCCCACAUGCAAAAUACUACUAUGUGUUCUUGUCUUUGCUGUAUGUUGGGACUGUUUUAGGGAAUUCAUUUAUCAUGUGUAUCAUUUAUUUGGCACGCAGACUUCACACAGCCAAAUACGUUGCUGUUUUCCAUCUGGCCCUUUCCGAUCUGUGUGGAAGCUCGGCUUUGAUACCAAAAGUCAUUGACACAUUUUUAUUCGAGCACCAGGAGAUUUCAUAUGAAGCGUGUUUGGCAUAUAUGUUUUUCGUGUAUCAUUUCAUGAAUCUGCAGUCUUUGACACUACUUGUCUUGUCUUAUGACAGACUGGUUGCUAUUUGUUUUCCUCUACGAUAUCAUGCCGUUGUAACUAAAACAGCCAUGUUUCUGAUCAUAGGCUUCAUGUGGAUUUUUUCUGUGACUUUUUUUUCUGUACUUGUAGGUUCUGUGAACCGUCUUUCUUUUUGUGGCUCUAAUGUGCUUGAUAGUUAUUUUUGUGACUAUGGCCCGAUCUAUAGAAUAGCCUGUAAUGAUAAUUCUGUAAAUGUUUUGUUGGGUAAAAUUUGCUAUAGUCUCUUGAUUUUUGCACCAUUGAUUUUGAUCUUCAUCUCAUAUGUCUGCAUUGCUCUAGUUUUGCUUAAGAUUCCUCAUGGAAUUGACCGGGUAAAAUCCAUAAAAACCUGCACUUCGCAUCUCAUGUUGGUGGCAAUUUUUUAUAUCCCAAUUUUAAGCAAUAAUAUUGCAUCUAUAAUUUCACCUUUGCAUCCAGACUCCCGGAUAAUUAACAAUUCUCUUACUCAGACAGUACCACCUAUGCUGAAUCCCAUUAUAUACACUCUGAAAACAGAAGAGGUCAUGCAAUCCAUAAAAGAAAUGUACAAACGAAGCAAGGUGAACACAACAGAGGAAAGAAAUAUGAAAUGCAGUAGGAGGAGAAAUUAA